AUGUCUGGACUUUCUGUUCAAUUGACUGCCCCCAAUGGGCGCAAAUACGACCAGCCCGUUGGUCUCUUCAUCAACAAUGAGUUUGUUGCCUCCAAGUCUGGCGACAAGUUUGCUACCAUUAACCCAGCGGACGAGCAGGAGAUUGCUUCCGUUUAUGCUGCAGGAGAGGAGGACGUCAACCUGGCCGUCGAGGCGGCCCGCAAGGCCCUCAAAGCUCCUUCGUGGAAGCAGUUGCCAUCGACUGAUCGGGCCAAGCUGAUGUUCAAGCUGGCUGACUUGGCUGAGCAGCACAGGGAGACUCUGGCCACAAUCGAGACCUGGGAUAAUGGCAAGACGUACUCCGACUCUUUCAACAGUGAUCUAGGAGAAGUCAUCAACUGUCUCCGGUAUUAUGCCGGCUGGGCAGACAAGGUGUUUGGCCAAACCAUCGGCACCACCCCGGAAAAGCUCGCCUACACCCUUCGCCAGCCGAUCGGUGUUGUUGGCCAGAUCAUCCCGUGGAACUUUCCUCUGGCCAUGGCUGCAUGGAAGCUGGGCCCUGCUCUUGCCUGCGGAAACACCGUGGUCUUGAAGCCUGCAGAGCAAACCCCUCUCAGUAUUCUGUACUUUGCCAACCUGAUCAAGGAAGCUGGCUUCCCUCCGGGUGUCAUCAACAUUGUGAACGGCCACGGAAGAAUUGCAGGAUCUGCCCUGGUGCAGCACCCUGAUGUGGACAAGGUCGCCUUUACUGGUUCGACCGCGACCGGACGGGAGGUCAUGAAGAUGGCCGCAGGUACCUUGAAGAACAUCACCUUGGAAACAGGCGGCAAGUCGCCCUUGGUGGUAUUUGGCGAUGCAGACCUUGAACAGGCCGCCAAAUGGGCCCACAUUGGCAUCAUGUACAACCAGGGCCAGGUCUGCACGGCCACCUCUCGUCUGUUGGUUCACGAGUCCGUCUACGACAAGUUCAUUGCUCUCUUCAAGGAGGUGGUGGCCUCCACCAACAAGGUCGGCGACCCGUUUGCCGACGAAACCUUCCAGGGCCCUCAGGUCACCAAGGCGCAGUACGAGCGCGUUUUGUCCUACAUUGAGAGUGGCAAGUCAGAGGGUGCUACCCUGGCUGCUGGCGGAGAAGCCUUCAAGAACAUUGGCGACGGCAAGGGCUUCUACAUUGCGCCCACCAUCUUCACCGAUGUCAAGGACCACAUGCGCAUCUACCGAGAGGAAGUCUUUGGUCCUUUCGUUGUGAUCUCGAGCUUCUCUACAGAGGAAGAGGCGGUGGCCCGGGCCAACGACACAACGUACGGUCUGGGAGCUGCUGUGUUCACCAAGGACAUUGAGCGGGCACACCGCGUGGCCUCCGAUAUUGAAGCCGGUAUGGUGUGGAUCAACAGCAGCAACGACAGUGACUUCCGAGUUCCGUUUGGAGGUGUGAAGCAGAGUGGUAUUGGGCGAGAGCUGGGAGAGGCCGGACUGGAGGCAUACUCGCAGGUCAAGGCCGUUCAUGUCAACCUGGGAUCCAGGUUGUAA